CUUUCUUUUAUUUUGCAUAUAAAUAGUCGGGUUAUUUUGUUUUUCUUUCUACUUCUUUUUUCUGUGUUUCUUUUUAUUCUAUUUUAAUAUGGCAUACCAACAUCAAAUCAGUUACAUUAAUAACCCUGUCAAAGAGCCACCAACAACGACUGCAUCUGCUUAUUUAUCACAAUACCAAUUCCAUCCUGCUUUCCUUGCAAACUAUAUCAUUGGCGAAGAAUUAGGAUCAGGAGGAUACGGCUUUGUUGUGUCUGCUACUGAAAAGAGAACUGGGAUUGAGAGAGCAGUCAAGUUCAUCUUUCGCAACAAGAUCCCUCGCCAUAGUUGGGUCAAAGACAGAGAACUCGGCCCUGUGCCUAUGGAGAUCUAUGUACUUAAAAAUGUACAUCAUCCUAAUGUGAUUGGUUAUGUGGACUCAUACCAAGACAAUCAAUUCUGCUAUCUGGUGAUGGAAUUACAUGGUACUCAAUGGUCACAAACAUCCAGCUUCUUCAACAACGACAUCCCACAAUCACCUGCUUUAUCUGAGGACUCAUUUGAUAGCAGUUCAACCAGUUCUUAUUGUUCUAUUGACUCACCUGUGGACGAAUACCCUUCUUUCUUUGAUAAACCACAAACAAUCAAAAGAAGAACUUCUUGUGACCUAUUUGAAUGCAUUGAGCGCCAUAAUUACUUUGAAGAACCCAUUGCUAAAAUGAUUUUCCGUCAGAUUGUAUCCUGUGUAGCUCAUUUGGAUUUGAUGGGCAUCUGUCACCGUGAUAUCAAGGAUGAGAACAUUGUGAUUGAUGAUCAAUUUCAGGUUAAAAUGAUUGAUUUUGGUUCUGCUGUCUUAUUACCUCGUCAUUUUGGUGAUAACAAGACUUAUCUUUUCAACCAAUUCUACGGCACAGUCAGCUUUGCAUCACCUGAGAUUUUGAUGGGUAGAUCUUAUCGAGCUGAACCUGCAGAAAUCUGGUCUUUGGGUGUUUUGUUGUAUACCAUCUUGUUUGGUGAAGUUCCUUUCCAUGAUUCGAAUAUGGCAAUUGCUGGUCAAUUUGUGCAUCCCAAAAUCAAGGUAUCUCACAGCUGCUAUCACCUUAUCUCAAGCAUGUUGAAUCGUUCUCCCGAAAAAAGACCCACCAUUCAUCAGGUAUUAGCACACCCUUGGUUUUCCGAGUUUUAAUUAUUGAAUUCUUUAUUGUUUGGGCUCCCUUUUUUUUUUUUAUUAUUUAUACAUUUUUCCCUAACUAAUUUAUAUACCUCUUUUUAUAUCUUCUACAUUUUUACUGAACCAAUCUAUAUACAACCACAUCAAUUUUUUAUUUACACAAAAUUACUUGCAUGAUUCACUUUUUCUUAUACACUCUAUAAUUCUAAGCACACAAAAAAAACACACACACACACACAAAAUUACUUUCUAUUUUCAUUUUUAUAACUGAAAAUAAUUAUGCCCUUUCUCCUCUUU